CCAUGGUAUGGUAGUACGCUCGAAGCCAUGGGAGUCCCCUUGUAUAUCAUGCAGUGUGGUUCUGAUACCAGUGGAAGAUCCGGUUCUCAAGGAAGGAGCAGUGCACAAUGGCUGCCAUGACGACUACAAGAUCAACACCAAGGACAUUACAAAUCUGAAGUGCUCCCCAGCGGUUUCUGCAGGACGCAGCCCCAAAGUUCUGAACGGCCUGCUCAGUCCUCAGCUGGAGGCCUUGACCAACAGCCAGACGUCGCUGUGUGAGAUGCUGCAGGAGAAGGAGAAGAAGACGUGGAGUGGAGGAACCAUGGGCAUGGACCACUCAGCGCUCAUCCCCCUACGCUCAAAGAACUUCAGGGAGAGGAGCGAUGCUCACUUUGUGGAUGUUAUUAAAGAGGACAGCCUUAUGAAGGACUAUUUCUAUAGACCCCCAAUAAACAAGCUCAGCCUCACCUUCCUUGAGAGCAGCCUGGAGUCUGCCUACCGGAUAAGCUACCAGGAAGAGGUGGAAACCCAGGCACCGGUGCAGACUUUUGCCAGUCCAACAUUCAGCUCUUUUCUGGACAUGCUGCUCUGCUGUUUAGUGUUUCUGGCUCUCUCACUGGCCUGUUUCCUCCGACCGCUUGUCACCCAGCAGAGCGUGUCCACACCAGCACUCAUUCUGACAGCUGGAGCCAACCUGCUGGAGACUGUGGCCCUUCUGUUUGCUAUACGUAUGGCUUUCUACCUGGACAGUGUGCUUCACUGCACUCGGAUGCUGAUGAGAGUGGUUUCAGGAUGGAUAGCGCGUCACUUUAUAGGAGCCGUCCUGGUGUCCCUGCCCACUGUGGCUGUCUUUUCCCAUGUUACCUGUGACAUGCAUCUCUCAAUUCAGUUCACCAUGUUCAUCUGCUGUGCUGUCAUCAUAGCCAUCAUUCAGUACUGUAACUUCUGCCAACUCAGCUAUUGGAUGCGCUCAGUUCUAGCAACUUUGGUGGGACUAGCAAUGCUUGCCUUGAUCUUCAGCUCCCCCUGCAGGUUGGAUGUUAAAAGCAAUACCAGCUUCAGUAACAGCUCCAUCUUCAUGUCUGAAAGUCCUCCAGACCCAACCCCAAAGGACCUGCUGGGCCCUGAGGCCUGCGUUGCCUUUUUCCUGGUCCUUCUCCUUAUCUUGUUCCUUAACCGUGAAUUUGAAGUUAGUCACCGCCUGCAUUACCAUGGCAACGUUGAGGCUGAUCAACACCGCAUCAAGAUCCAGAACAUGAGAGACCAGGCCGACUGGCUGCUACGCAACAUCAUCCCCAUCCAUGUGGCCGAACAGCUAAAGGUCACCCAGAGCUACUCCAAGAACCACGACAAUGUGGGUGUCAUAUUUGCCAGUAUUGUUAACUUCAGUGAGUUUUACGAGGAAAGCUACGAGGGAGGCAAGGAGUGCUAUCGUGUCCUCAACGAGCUAAUUGGAGACUUUGACGAGCUGCUACGAAAGCCUACGUUCUCGAAUAUGGAAAAGAUCAAGACUAUCGGUGCCACGUACAUGGCAGCAGCAGGACUCAAUGCGCAGCAGUGUGCUGACGCGGCACAUCCUCACGCACAUCUUCGCGCUCUUUUCGAAUUCGCCCUGGAAAUGAUGCGUGUGGUGGACGACUUCAACAAGAACAUGCUGGGUUUUGGCUUCAAGCUUCGCAUUGGAUUCAAUCACGGGCCUCUGACAGCGGGAGUGAUUGGCACUACUAAGCUUCUCUACGAUAUCUGGGGCGACACGGUUAACAUCGCCAGUCGCAUGGAUACAACAGGGGUGGAGUGCCGUGUGCAGGUGAGUGAGGAGAGCUAUUGUGUGCUUAGUGCUAUGGAUUAUGAGUUUGAUUAUCGGGGCACAGUUAACGUCAAAGGCAAAGGUCAGAUGAAGACCUUCCUUUACCCGAAGAGCAGUGAUAGUGGCCCUGUGCCUCAGUACCAGCUCUCAGUGUCACCAGAGAUUCGGGCACAGGUGGAUGGUAGCAUUGGACGCUCACCCACUGAGGAAAUCGCCAGCAUGGUUCCAGCAACCAGCCUAACUGCAAGCAGCACACAUACUACGGUACACAGUGCUGGUUCCUCAACCAUCAAAGGGCUAAGCCUCGGGAAAGAGGCCGUCAGGCGUUCCUCUACCGAAACCUCCAAUGCUAGAAGACCUUCAUCUCACCUAGACGGACCAACUUCUUCAGCAAAUAACCAACAGCUUCUCAUCUCAUCAUCGGCCCAGCAAAAUACGCCCAUAACGUCCCAAAAAUACAUCAAGAAGGACAAAUGCGACGAAGCGCCUGACAGUCAUGUUGGAGAAUUAACACGACUCUAAGAAUGUCAUAUUAUUGCGCUUUUAUCGUAAACUGUCUACCCUUUAAGCUCUUGUUCCUGCCAUUUGGCAUUUGUAGAAUUACAAUAUAUCUGGUCCUAGAAUCAGAGAAAGACCUGCAGGCCUCUUCUCUGCAGAAGGCAGAGAGCAGGUUGUUUUUAGUGUAAAUCUGAUUGGCUGAUAUUAUCAGUGGAAGGUGCUGCCUGGACCUCAAAGCGACUGUCAGGCAGGAACACACAGAGGAAGUAUGAUGGGAUGUCUCUCUCAGACCUUCUCUUGCCUGCUAUAGAUCUCAUUUGUCUCCCAUUACUUGAUUAUCUGUAUACCUUUAAUCUUCAUUUAUUUUUGUGUCUUUUAAGUGCCUAGAAUUAUGUGUAGACUAAGCCUUUUUGAGUAUAGAAGGAUAUCAUAAAAAGGGAAAACUGUAAAUAAGCAAACUUUUUGGGAAAACCAGCUUACAUUUUGUUACAACUUUGUAAACUAUGCUUUGCUAUUAUGCCUUUUAUUAAAGAAGAGCUUACUAUACAUAUGGAAAGUGUUACAACAUGAAGAUAAUCACAAUGUGUGUUAAUUAAAGGGAAUAUAUGUUAUAGUAAAAUCUGAACUACAAUGCAACAGAGUCUAUUUCCUUGUUCUUCAAGAGUACCAGAAAACUCUUCAUGAGAAGCACAGCAGAAAUGAAUCAAUACAGGCUAACUGCAAACAAGGCUGAGCUGUGCGUCGUAUUUGCAUGCAAACCGUGAGUGUGUUUGUGUGUUCGUUUUUAUGGCUCUGUGUAGGAAGAAUAUCAUGCUCAGUUUAAUAAAGCGAGUUGCCUAUGAGUUAAUCAAAGACUUGUAGGAUGAGGACAAACAUUUCAGGAACGCAGUCGGGGGCAAAACAAAAUCUUAUGUCAGCUUUUUCUCUGGCCCCUGUUAAGAUCGUUGUCUUACCUCAGUACUGUGUCCUGUCCCAGCCACAUUUAAUCAGCAUGCUUGCAACGAUAGCAGCAUUGUAGACAAGGUUAGAUCUGUAGUUCUGUGCCCUCCCCCAUGAUUUGGGCUCCUAUGGGUACCCAAGCUGUGUUAGAUGUUGAUGAGUAUUUAGAUGGAUCCUACAAGGCACUGUUGUACCUGUAGAUUACUUUGACCGUAGAUCAAUUACAGAAAACAACUGCCUAGGUUUUGCUAUGGAUUACACUGUGUGUUUAGGUGAUAUGGCUUUUUAGACAUUGAUAAUCAAAGUGGAAUGUCACUAAUCUAAACUAAAUGUGCACUAUUGUAUUUAUUGUUACACAAAACUUGAACUUUCUAUGUGAAGCUCCGGUCUUUAAUUGUAUUAUUUGAAAUAUACUAUUUGAUGGAAACAGUUGGAUGCAUUAGCUGCUUCAUACUUUCAAUGGCAUGAAACUUAAUGUAAAAACGGCACUAACUGUAAAAGCAGUGCAACAAAUGUAUUUCGUUUUGUGUUUUUAUUCCUUAUAGACUUCUAUUAUGUCAGAUGAUGAAGGAAAUCAAACUGAUUAAACUGUACAUCUCGGUUGCUGUUACAUGUUCUCUCUUUUAUUGUUUUCUUAGCAAAAAGGAUUGUGUGCUCAGAGGCAAACGCGUUUUACCAUGACGUCCACUUCAGUGUCUUUUGACUUUUGAUAUUUCAAUAUCUUUAACAGCACUUAAACCAAUCAGUAUUUUAAAGUAAUAAUGCAUACAACACAAGGGACACAUUUGCCUUUUAUCAUCAAAGUUAUUUUAACAAAUGCCUAAUAAGUUAAUAAUUGGUUGUUUUGUUCGUGCCUUUUAACUUUCUACUUUUUUUCACUGUCUGCUCUGUGUUGCUUUCAUUUCUUAAGACACUAAAUAUUUAUCUUAAGCUUUGCAGGAUAAUGUUAACUUUUGUGCUAUAAACACCUUUAAUUUAAAAUAUGUUUUGUAAGUUACACUUAUGGGCACACAACCCUUUUACCAGCCUAAAAUAAAGGUAGUUUUCGAAUAAUAUUUGUUAUUAUUUAUGUGUUUAAUCUAGAUCAAGAUACUUCAGUGUCAAGUAAAGCGUAUUAGCAACAUUUGUUUUUUUCCUUCCUUGGUUAUUUUAACAUUUUUUUCUAUUAGUAUUGAAUUUGGGAUAAACAAGAAUAAUUACAUAGCGGUGUUUUCUAUUUUCUGCCCUUUUUCUUUUUCUACCAACAUGAUCCUAAAUGUUGCUUUGGGUUGAUUUAUCGAGAUGUAAGUGACAUUCUGACCCAGCAGAAUGGCACACUGUGAAAAUGUUGAUGCCAAAGAGUGUUAUUGCCAUCACUUAGAGGUUUUUUGUAUCUUAUUUUCCGCUUAAUUUGCAGGUUAUCUUGUGCUUGUUCAAUAACAUUUAUAUAUUCACUGUUAAGAGACAUUUGCAAAGGAGCUCACUUUUUAUGUAUAGUAUGGCUUUAUAUUGUAUAGUUUCUGAGCAUUUUCUAUUAUUUAUAUAGACGCAUGUACUAGAGUAUUAAAUAGUCUAAAGAACUGGGUAAUUUGACUAUGUUGGAAUAACACUUGUGUGUUCAGUUUGCCUGCAUGUCCGUACAAAACUGUGUUUGUAAAACUGUGUGGUUGUGUAUUUUUGUAAGCAAUGCUCCAUUUGUAUCAUCUCAAAAAGUAUGACAUGCAAGACAAUAAGGCUUCAGUCAUACAGACAUCCUUUAUUUCUUUUUCUAAAAAUAAAAAGUGGGCUAAUAAAAUGGGUGAGACACUGCUAGAUGUCUGCACUUAGGCAGUAUUACAGUAGCCUGCUACAGCCAAGUUUUAAGGCAUUGUUGCUUUAUUUAGAAAUUUGUGUGUACAUAGCACGUUAAUGGGUAAAUGCAAGUGAAGGUCACAAUUGAAUAAAAUAAAAUGAUGGUACAUUUUGUCUGGUUGAAUUUACAGUGUACCCUGUCGCUACUUCUGAUUCUGUAUUUUGUACUUUACUUUAGUAUUUGAUGCUGUGUUAUACUGUAUGUAUUUUACACUAUACUCUGCAUUGCCUUGUUGCUUUUGUUGAUUGAGAUUUCACAAACAAAACAUUAGGCGCUGUUAUACAAUAUUUAACAUUGCCAUUGAUUCAAUUACCCAACAUAAAAUAAAGUAGUUUAAAAUUCA